CAAGAGGAACGGCCCAAAACCUGACCCGAAGAUCCGAACGCACUGCGAACAUCAGUGAUUAGAGACAUCGUCCCAUGUCCUUAUGACCUUAUCCACUUACACUGCAAACUCGUCGCCUUUUUCUGUUUCAGCGAUGCUUUCUGCGUCAUCUCCUCCGAUUACAUCUCUUCUCUACCCAAAAGCUUUUAAAUUUGGCCAAUCAAAAUCGAAAUCCAAAAGAAUAUUCUCUCUUCGUGCUUCCUCGUUGCCUGUUUAUGAUACCAAGCUUAAAGUUGAGUACACACCAUGGCUUAUCGUGGGACUUGGUAACCCUGGAACAAAGUACUACGGAACAAGACACAAUAUUGGUUUUGAGAUGAUUGAUCAUAUAGCUCGAACGGCAGACAUUUCCAUGAACACAAUUCAGUCCAAGGGUUUGGUCGGAAUAGGUGCGGUUGGAGAAGUACCGAUUCUGUUGGUUAAACCUCAAACUUACAUGAAUUUUAGUGGUGAAUCGGUUGGGCCAUUAGCUGCUUAUUAUCAAGUACCCUUACACCACAUUCUGAUGAUAUAUGAUGACAUGGGUUUGCCUAAUGGUGUCUUGAGGCUUCAACCAAAAGGAGGACAUAGCCACCACAACGGGUUGAAGAAUGUGACAGAACAUCUAAAUGGAUGUCGUAGCUUCCCCCGCUUAUCAAUUGGAAUUGGGAAUCCACCGGGGAGCAUGGACAUGAAAGCGUUUCUUCUCCAGAAAUUCAGCCGCUCGGAGCGUAAACAAAUUGAUGCGGGGAUGGAACAAGGUGUUGAUGCCGUGAAGACGCUCGUUGAAUAUGGAUUCAACGAUGCAAUAUCUCGAUUCAAUUUGGGGCAGAAAUACAAGUUCCACACAAUUUGAUUAUCUUCACUUUUGCUUCGUCUUGGACCAUACAUGCCACAGUAGCAUGUAACAACAUAGUCCAACAUUAUACUGUUAGUAUCAUUAGUCUUUUAUCUUAGAGGUAGGUUAUAUUGUAAACUGAAGAUCAUUUUCAAAUUCUGA